AUGGAGCUCUCUGAAGAAAAAGACUGCAGAGAUGGGUGUGGGGGGUGUACAGCUUCCAUAAAUUUCUGUGAUUGCUGCACCUGUGCAGGAGCCAUCGGCUGGGAGGAUGAGCAAGGGAACCUGUUUGCAGAGAGGGGCUGUUGCAGGAGGGAGAGACAUUUCCUCCACGUCGGGAACGAUGUCUCUGGCAGCCCUGUCAGUGUGGACGUUGGAAAGUGCUGGUCCAGUUGCCUGACUGGGUGGAUCAGCUGCGCCCCCCCCGGCCUCCUGGGGCUCUCCAGACACUCCUCCACGCUUGAGUUCCUUAGAAGCAAAUCAGGAGCCUGGGGUGGGACGAGGACUGCUUUAGCCAGUGCAGUUCAGCUGACUCUGCAGGUCAGGCGCCCCGACCUGCCGCUGAGGCCGGCAGCCCCGUCCCUGCCCUGCAGGUUCCUGCUGCAAGCCUGCCCCUCUGCGCCUGGGGCGGCUCCUGGAGGUGGCGGUGGUCGAUGGCUCUCACUGCAGCACUGCAGCACCUGCCCUGAGGAAUGUCUCUGUCUCCCAGCUCUGAAAACCUUCUUUCCAGACUCUCCCUGGGAGGCCACAGCUGAUGUGGGGAAAUGCUCUGCCCCAACCUACACAGACGGACUUUUCUGCGUGCCCACAAAGUUCAACACUGUCCUAGUCAAAAACCCACAAGGUGGGGAGGUGGUUCGGACACCGGAGAACUGCCAAAUGAAGGAAAAAUGCUAUCGCGUUUCCCAGGUGGAAUAUUAUUAUGAAAUUGUGCACAGCUCUGCGGGACGCAGGGAGGAACAGCUCGAGGAAAUAGAUGUGGGAAGAUGCUUGGGAAGCUGCUCCUCAGGGGAUCCCUGCUUGCUUAGGGAGUUAUAAAUGCCGCGCUGGGCAGGCA